AUAUGUCGUUUUUCACUUGGCGUUUACCUGCAGACAAUAUUCGGACUGGCAAAACGCUUUUCCGUUACGUACUAGUUCAGUUUCUAAGGAGACAUAAUAUUAUGAUUGCGACCAUCAUGAUUUACGAGUUAAUGUUCACGUGCGUUAUUUUCGCAGAGGUCGGUACCAUGCCUGUGGGUCAGCUAAACCAAUUGACAAAUUUCAAACCCGCCAGCCUUGUGGAUCACAAUCCGACCGCGGUCAUCCCUCCGCCCAAUUUGGACAUCUCGGACAAGAUCGACGUGAAGAAAUUACUGGGCAUGCUGCACAUACUCAACGAGGAUAAAUCUGCCCAAGUGUCGGAAACCACAAGUUUGCCGUCAUCUACUGUAAUGAACGUGGUCCACGAUUUCGACUAUUCAAAAGAAUACAAGGUCGACGAAGAUUCAUCGAAAAAUCAAGUUACGGACCUGACGAUUUUGAACACAGUGUAUGACAGAGUAUCGGAACAUAUAAAAUCGGUUUACGAAACCAUUCAAAAGAACUACGACGUUUUGAUGAAGCUUAAUAUUUUGAAAGGAAUGCUGAUGAUGGGAGAUAAUAGUAUACAAUCAAAAGGGUCGACACCGUGGAUUAAAUAUAUGUCCAAAUACAAAAAUAUUGUUAACAGUUAUUAAAUAUUAUGUACUUACAUAUAGUACAUUAGUACCUACUAGCUACCUAUUCCUAUAUACAAUCGAUAUCAAUAAUGUUGUACCAACACAAAUUUGAAAUUAUAUACCCACAAUCAUUUGGUUUGUGACUUUGUGUUUCUGAUAACAUAACCAAAUGAGUUGUUUAUAGCUUAGCGUAUAAUAAUUUAUAGGUAAUCUAAUUUCGAAAUAAAUAUUAUAGCAUAGGUAUCAAUGUACAAACUAGUUUUCGUUUAUUUUCUAUUAUUUUACAUAUACAUGUAACUAAAUUUAUAAAAAUGUUAUUCUUAUUUUGUAUUUUAAUUUUUUAAAAGUGUGUGACAAUUAUUUAUUAUUUACUGGCCUAUGUAAUGCAAUAUUUCAGUAUGUAUAGUUCUUAAAAUAGUGAAAGAAUUUAUUGAUUUUAAAUGAUGU